CUUCCUUCUCUUUUGACUCGCUGGACGGACUGUUUCGCUUUUCACCGCAUAUAUUUAUAUAAUUCAACGUUUGAAUCGUUAACUUCAGUUCGAGAAUCUUUUUAAUUUAUAUUAUUUAUCAUCAUGCCAGGAUACGGAGGAAGAGAUGGACGUAGUGGAGGUGGAUAUGGUGGAAGAGGAGGGGGCUAUGGUGGCGGAGGAUAUGGAGGAGGUGGUCGCGGAAGAGGUGGUGGCGGCGGCGGUGGUGGUGGAUAUGGUUCACGUGAUCGUUACGGUAGCAGUGGAUAUGGUAAUCAGAAUGGUGGUUCUAAAUAUGAUGCCCCCGGACAAAAUUUGAAGAAACCAAGAUGGGAGAUGGAGAAGUUAAAACCAUUCCAAAAACAUUUUUAUACUGAAUCACCAUCGGUUUCAAAUCGAAGUCAGGUCGAGAUUGAUAGAUUUUAUAACGAAAAAGGAGUCACUGUUGUGGGUGAAAAUGUAAAGCAUCCAAUAUUUCAUUUUCAAGAAGCUGGUUUUCCAGACUACAUCAACACCAUGAUAAUGCAAGCAGGUUUUGAGAGACCAACUUCAAUUCAGUCAAUCGGCUGGCCACAUGCAUUAAGUGGAACAGAUUUGGUCGGCAUCGCUCAGACUGGUUCAGGAAAAACUUUAGCUUUCAUAUUGCCAGCCAUCAUUCACAUAAAUGCACAACCUUAUUUGGAAAGAGGAGAUGGACCAAUUGCACUUGUUCUUUGCCCAACGAGAGAGCUUGCACAGCAAGUCCAAGUUGUUGCUAAUGAAUUCGGGAAGACGUCUCACAUCAAAAAUACUUGCGUUUACGGUGGUGCUUCAAAAGGACCUCAAAUACGAGACCUCGAAAGAGGCUGUGAGAUUGUGAUUGCUACACCCGGUCGUCUUAUUGACUUUCUGGAGUCACACAAAACAAAUCUACGAAGAUGUACAUAUCUAGUAUUGGAUGAAGCUGAUCGUAUGUUGGACAUGGGUUUUGAACCACAAAUUAGGAAAAUUAUAGAACAGAUUAGACCCGACAGACAAACUCUUAUGUGGAGUGCUACAUGGCCGAAAGAAGUCAGAAAGAUGGCUGAAGAUUACUUGACUGAAUAUGUUCAUGUACAGGUUGGAUCACUUAAUCUUGCAGCUAAUCAUAAUAUCCUCCAAAUCGUGGACGUGUGUCAAUCGUAUGAAAAGGAAGACAAGUUGAUGAGACUGCUUGAGGAAAUCAUGGCCGAAUCUGAAAACAAGACUAUCAUUUUCACCGAAACGAAGAAAAGAUGUGAUGAAUUGACAAGAAGAAUGCGCCGUGAUGGUUGGCCAACAAUGUGUAUACACGGAGACAAAUCACAACCAGAGCGUGACUGGGUCUUGAAUGAAUUCCGUACAGGAAAAUCGCCAAUUCUUGUCGCUACAGAUGUUGCCUCACGUGGAUUGGAUGUGUCCGAUGUCAAGUUUGUCAUAAACUUCGACUUCCCUUCUCAAUGUGAAGAUUACGUUCAUAGAAUUGGAAGAACAGCGAGAGCUGAUCAAACUGGAACGGCUUACACUUUCUUUACUUAUGACAAUUCCAAACAGGCCUCUGAGUUGGUCAAUAUUUUGCGGGAAGCGAAGCAGCAAGUCCAUCCUAAAUUGGUUGAAUUAGCUGAACAAUGGCGAAGAUUUGGCAAAGGUGGAAAAAGUUACGGCAGAUAUGGAGAUCGAAGUGGCGGAAGAGGUGGUGGCCGUGGAGGUAGAGGUGGGGGAUAUGGUAACAAAGGUGGUUACGGUGGACGAAGCCAGAAUGGCUACAGUUCUGGGCCAGUGAAUCCGAGGGCUGCCCAGUCCUACGGCAUGUCUCUCGGUGGUGGACAAAAUGGCGGUGGAAUGAUGAUGAUGCCUGGUGGUCCAGUUCCUUUGUCCCGUUGAAUAUAUUAUCUCUUUGGUGACAGCUUAAUGAAAAAGUCUGUGAAGUAUAGACUCGCGAGUGUGCUCCCCCAGAGCAAGCAUCUUUUCUAAUAUUCAUUCUUCGUCGUUUUUAUUCUUCUGUUAUAAAGUAAUUCCCAUUGCGACUGCUGUUUUAUUUAUUUCCCGCAUGCUCCAGGUUCACUCCUGCAUGUUGCUGUAGGUUGUAGUCCCCUGUUCACCCACUAUUUGGUGUCCACACUUUUAAAUACAUGUAUUGUUUUUACCCAAUUCGCUAAGAAAUAAAAGGCUUUUCGUGUACA